CAGCUCUUUCUGAUAGCAGGCGGCCAUCUUGCCUGGAGCCUGAGAAAGGGAGACGAGAGACAGAAGGAACGGGUGACAGUGGUCUCAAGGCCGCCCCGGGGGGCCUCAAGAGCCGGAGGCAGCCCCGGAGGCUCCCGCGGGCGGACACGCCAGAGGAGGAGGCCGGGGAAUGGCCGCGGUGUGGCAGCAAGUCUUAGCAGUGGACGCGAGGUACAACGCGUACCGCACACCAACGUUUCCACAGUUUCGGACCCAGUAUAUCCGCCGGCGCAGCCAGCUGCUUCGGGAGAAUGCCAAGGCUGGGCACCCCCCAGCACUGCGCAGGCAGUACCUGAGGCUGAGGGGACAGCUGUUGGGCCAACGCUACGGACCCCUCUCCGAGCCAGGCAGUGCUCGUGCUUAUAGCAACAGCAUCGUCCGCAGCAGCCGCACUACCCUUGACCGCAUGGAGGACUUUGAGGACGACCCUCGGGCCCUAGGGGCCCGUGGGCACCGCCGCUCUGUCAGCCGGGGCUCCUACCAGCUACAAGCACAGAUGAACCGCGCUGUCUAUGAGGACAGGCCCCCCGGCAGUGUGGUGCCCACGUCAGCGGCAGAGGCGAGUCGGGCCAUGGCCGGGGACACGUCCCUGAGCGAGAACUAUGCCUUUGCUGGCAUGUACCAUGUUUUUGACCAGCAUGUGGAUGAGGCAGUCCCCAGGGUGCGCUUCGCCAAUGACGACCGACACCGCCUAGCCUGCUGCUCACUGGACGGCAGCAUCUCCCUGUGCCAGCUGGUACCCGCCCCACCCACCGUGCUCCGCGUGCUGCGGGGCCACACCCGCGGCGUCUCCGACUUUGCCUGGUCCCUCUCCAAUGACAUCCUUGUGUCCACCUCACUCGAUGCCACCAUGCGCAUCUGGGCCUCUGAGGAUGGCCGCUGCAUCCGGGAAAUCCCUGACCCCGAUGGCGCCGAACUGCUCUGCUGCACCUUCCAGCCCGUCAACAACAACCUCACUGUGGUGGGGAACGCCAAGCACAACGUGCACGUCGUGAACAUCUCCACGGGCAAGAAAGUGAAGGGUGGCUCCAGCAAGCUGACAGGCCGCGUCCUUGCCCUCUCCUUCGAUGCCCCUGGCCGGCUGCUCUGGGCGGGCGAUGACCGCGGCAGCGUCUUCUCUUUCCUCUUCGACAUGGCCACAGGGAAGCUGACCAAGGCCAAGCGUCUGGUGGUGCAUGAAGGCAGUCCCGUGACCAGCAUCUCCGCCCGCUCCUGGGUCAGCCGCGAGGCCCGGGACCCCUCGCUGCUCAUCAACGCUUGCCUCAACAAGCUGCUGCUCUACAGGGUGGUGGACAACGAGGGGACCCUGCAGCUGAAGAGGAGCUUCCCCAUCGAGCAGAGCUCCCACCCCGUGCGCAGUAUCUUCUGCCCCCUCAUGUCCUUCCGCCAGGGAGCCUGCGUGGUGACGGGCAGUGAGGACAUGUGCGUGCACUUCUUUGACGUGGAGCGGGCGGCCAAGGCCGCCGUCAACAAGCUCCAGGGCCACAGCGCGCCCGUGCUCGACGUCAGCUUCAACUGCGACGAGAGCCUGCUGGCUUCCAGUGACGCCAGGGGCAUGGUCAUCGUCUGGAGACGGGAGCAGAAGUAGGGGCCCUGCUGGCCCUGCCGCUGUCUCCCCACCCCCACCCCCACCCCAGCCCUCACCAGCCUCGUGUUGUAAAUAAAGUGUCUGUGCUGGCGGGUGAGGCCCAGCUUCCGGGUGGGCCAGGGGGCUGUCCUGGGGGUUCAUUUUCUCAUCCAUGCCUUCCCCACAGUGAUGUGUUCACCCAUCCAACAAGCACUGUUAGUGUUGGCCGUGUCACAGAGCUUGACCCAGCCACGCAUUCAGCAGAGGCUACUGAGCACCGACUCGGAGCCAGGAGCCGCUCGAGCUGCCGGCCAUACAGUGCGGUGUGCAUCCCAGUGGAGACCAGUGGGCGGUAGCCAAGAAGGCAGGCAUCCCUGUGAGGCUCGCCAGUGUCUGGACACGGCGACGGUGUGAAAGCGUACCCAUACAGCCGUUCUGUUCGUCCUGUCCAGUACAGCAUUUGACAAAUCACCCGAGAUUCUCAGCGCUUUUGCGUCAAGUAGGUGGCGUUAGCGGGCUUUGCCCAUCUGUAGGUUAAGGAAGUGCUCUGAGCGCAGUUCACAUCGGCUUGGCUAAGCCAUGAGGUGCAGUAGGUUAGGGGGAUAAAAUGCAGUUCUAGGCUGUUGUCAGCGGUAAGCCCUCCGCAGGGCAGGCGCCUCUGUGGGGAGCAGGUCAGCACAAGGUGCAUGGGGCGAGAAAAAAAAGGGUAGGGGCAGGAAAUGGGUGCAGGGGGUUUGGCUUUUUUUGGUGACAGGGUGACAUGUAAAGAGACCUGCAUGAGGGGAGAGGCAGCCACAGGGUGUGGGGGGAGAAUGUUCUAGACAGGAUAGAGCCAGCACAGAGGCACUGAGGCUGGAGUGUGCCCGCAGGGCAGAGUGUGAUGGUAGGUGAGGUCGGACCACAUGCGAUGGGGCUUUGAGGACCCACAGGAGGACUUUGCCUUUUUUUUUUCCUGAGUAAAGGAGCCUUCACUGGGAGGCUUUGACCAGAGGAGGGACAGGACUGGACCUGGCUGGGUCCUAACAGGCUCCCUCUAGCUGCUGUGGGGAUGACAGGCCACAGGGGCAAGGGUGGGAGCAGGGGCCAGCGAAGAGACCACUGUUGAGCAGGGAUGGGGACCGGCACCAAGGUGGUGGUGGCAGACCAGUUGGGUGGGCUGUGCUUGGUUCUGCCCCAGGGGCUUCCUUGUCAGAGGCUACAGGAGUCUGCUCAGGCGCCUAGGUGUCCCCCCCAUCACAGCCCCCGCCAAGGCCCCAUGGACCACACCCGUCCGUGCACUGUUGUCCACAAGCAGAGCACAGAGGUGUUGAGUAUUUGGAGCUCGAAGCUGGUACAGGGACAACCACGUACCCCCAAGGUGGACUAGGGGCUCCCUCUAUGGGGUACAGGCGAUGAGGAAGCUUUCCAUCCUCAUCUCCUCCUGUGCCCACCCAGGGCCCACACUCCAGCCCUGGAACAACUCAGAUCAAAAAGUGAUGUUCAGUACAAGGGGACUUCAAAAAGUUCAUGGAAACUGGAAUUCAAAAGCAAGUUUAUUUUGUGCACAAAUGUUCUGAAAGUCAUGCAUACUUCCUCCAUAAUGGUGUUUUCCAUAAGCUUUUUAAUGAAAAAAAAAACUAUGCAUAGAUUUCUUUAUUUUCAAGAUUUUAUUUAUUUAUUUGAGAGGCAGAGUUCCAGACAGAGGGAGAGACAGAGACCUAGGUCUUCCACCCACUGGUUCACUCUCUAAAUGCCACAGUGGCAGGAGAUAGGCUGAUCUAGAGCCAGGAGCUUCUUCCAGGUCUCCCAUGUGGGUGCAGGGGCCCAAGCACUUGGAUCAUCUUCCACUGCUUUCCCAGGCCAUAAGCAGAGAGCUGGAUUGGAAGAGGAGCAGCUGGGACGUGAACCAGCCCCCAUGUGGGAUGCCAGCGCCACAGGCAGAAGCUUAGCCUACAGCGCCACAGCGCCGGUCCUAUGCAUAGACAUUCAAAAUGUUUUUGCACCAGAAGAAACUUGUCUUUUUAUUUAUUUAUUAUUUAUUUAUUUGAAAGGCAGAGAAACACAGAGAGGGAGAGACAAAGACAGAUAGAUCAGCCUGCUGGUUCAUUCCCCAAAUGAUCACAACAGCCAGGGCUGGGCCAGGCCAAAACCAAGAGCCAGUAACUCCAUCCUGGUCUCCCACAUGGCUGGCAGGGUCCCAAGCACUUGGACCAUCCUCUACUGCCUCCCAAGGCACAUUAGCAGGAUUGGAAAUGGAGCAGAAAGGGACUCCGAUCAGUGCUCCAAUACGGGAUGUUGGCAUUGCAAGCAGCCAAGCAGCAGCUUGACCCAUUGUGCAACAAUGUCAGUCCCAAACUUACCUUUGAUUUCCAUUUUCCAUGAGCUUUUUAAAAUACCCUCAUAUUUGAAGAAAGACCUUAGUGAGGAGAGGAUGCUUGGGUAUUGAUGGGGAUUAACAGAAUUCCCUUGUCAAUGGCUCGAGUCACCAGAAAAUGUCAGUUACCAAAAUGCCCGAGGGUCUUGCUCCAGCUACUCCCCUCCAGCUCCCAUGUGCUGGUACUAUGUCUGACUAACAUCUUGUGACCACCGGGGGGGGGGGCAUUCCCCAGAGUCAUAGAGACUCCAAUCUGCUCUAACAUGAUUAAGCCGCUGAACUAACUCCUGCAGUUUGGCUGGGGGGAAAGAAAGAAUCUCUUUCUCUAAUGUACUGUUAUUUGAUAGUCUGGUUACUUGUAGCCAAAAGUAUUUCUAACUUUGACUUCCAUCUGCCAGACCCAGGGUAAAUGGGGACGAGAUAGGGCUAUCAGUGAGCUGGAUUGUUUUUAUGAUCACAAUCAUGUAUGCAUGUAUUACAGUCCCCCAAACCAGCCUCAGGCUGAUUUGCUGGGAGUCAAAAGACUUAGCAUAUGGUUGUGUUCAUGGCUAUGAUUUAUUAUAACAGAAAGAUACAGAGCAAAAUCAGCAAAGAGAAAUGGUGCAUGGGACCAUGUUCAGGGGAGGCCAGGCACACGUUUCUUAGGGUCCUCUCCCAGUGGACCAUAAUGGGUUUUGACAAUGCAUGCAAAAUGUUGCCAACUAGGAAAGCUCAUCAGAUUCAGUGCCCAGGGAUUUUACUGGGAACCGGUCACGUAGACAGCCCCUGCCUGGCACGUCCCCAAGUUCCAGACUCCCAGAAGGAAAGCAGGAAUUCAUCACGAAUGACAUUGUUUGUACAGUUUAGGCACAGUGAACACUCAUUAUUUGGGCAUCACAGGAACCCUUCUGAAAUAUAAGUUUCCCAGUCGCCAGCCAAGAGCCGACCUUGACGCAAGCCUUUCCAAGGAUAGCGGUUGAGGUUUGCUGUGUUAACUCUUAAACAAUAGAGGUUUGUUUGGCUCAUGGUUCUGGAGGCUGGGAAGUCCUAGACGAAGUUGCACCUGGUGAGGGCCUUCCUGUUGCAUCAUAACAUGGUGGGAGGCUUCACAUAGCAAGAGAGCAUGAGAGAGGAGAAGCCAAGAGUGCAGGAAGAGGGGGCAACUGAUCCUUUUAUCAGGAACCCACUCCCCUGUGAUGAUGGCAUUAAUCCGCUCAUGAGGGUGGAGCCCCUCAACCUAAUUACCUCUUAAAGACCCCAUCUCUUAAUACUGUUAACAAUGGGGAUCACACUUAACAGCACAUGAACUUCGGAGGACACAUUUAAACCCUAACAGUAUGAACACCAAAUGGAUACUCAGUUUCAACCAUGGUAUACAGAUGGCAAGAUAAUUUGGGGGGCGGGGGCGGGGAACCUCAUUUUUCUCCUAACACUUUCUUUGUUUUGUCACACUCUUCAUGUCCUUUAUUGAGUCUGAUUCGAGAUGAUUGGUCAUGAAUAUUGUUGUGCAUGAUUUUGGGGGUUUCCUUCUUGUGAAAUGUUGAGGUGGCAGAGUGAUAUUCUAUUUUAAAUUCAUCUUGGUGACACUUUUCUUGACUUACGACCUAAGAAGAAAUAAAAGAUGAGCAAAUAAAGAAUAAAAAAUAAUGUUA